GGCUGAUCUUAUGAAACAACACACUUCAAGCUAAUUGCUGUUGGAAAGGAGAGGGUUGCUUUACAGUCAAUGACUUUGAUGCCUCAAGUAGUUCAAGUAAGGAUCUGUCUCUGUCUUGCAUUGAUUGACAAGACCCUUUCUAUAAAUUUGAGCAAUUAAGCAACACGGUAGCAGCUUCCAGGGAGAUCUGCUGAGCACAAAGCUGACAAAGAUUGCUGUGCAGGUCUCCUGCUGCUCAUUCUGACUUCUGAAACACCAUCUGCAAGUUAAAACUGCGAAAAGAGAUCUGACUCCAACAAGAUAGCAUGAAGCUCCACUGUGUGAUCCUGGGGCCUCUCCUGCUGCUGCUGCUGCUGGCCAGCUGCGAUGGUGCGCCCAAGACCUCCGCCAUUGACCUACGGACCUUCAUUGGCUGUGCUGUGCGUGAGUUCACCUUCCUGGCCAGGAAACGCGGCUGCAGGGCGCUGCGGGUCACGACGGACGCGUGCUGGGGACGCUGCGAGACCUGGGAGAGACCAGUGCUGAAACCACCUUACAUCGAGACUUACCACCGUGUUUGCACCUACAACGAGACUAAGAUGAUGACGGUGAAGCUCCCCAAGUGUGCCCCCGAUGUGGAUCCCUUCUACACCUACCCAGUGGCCAUCCGCUGCGACUGUGACAUCUGCUCCACGGCCACGACCCAAUGCGAGACUGCCUGAGCUCUCAUUUCCCAGGUCAGGCAAGGAGGGGCCAAAUUCUUCCCUGGCUUCACACCCCUGGUACCUCCAACAUUAUAGAGGGUGCAAGUCAGUCCAGAGUUUGAUCUCACUUUGUAAGGCUCCCAAGAAUUGAUUUUUCUAGGCAGACAAAUCUUAAUUCCCCCUCCCCAUACUUGCUCAAGGCAUUAUUGCUGUAGAAAUGUAGUACACAGCCUUACAAUUGCAAAUUCUGUGGAAAAAAAAUAUAUACAUAUAUAUACACAUAUAUAUAUAGCAAUGCAGUUUCCCUUCCAUACAGGCUUUUCACACUGUGUGACCUUUCUUCAUGCAUAAAGCACAAAGGGACCAAAGAGUCACUGAGGGGUAGAAAGAGGCCACAGAGGUGUUUCAGCCCAUGUCACAGCCUCUUUAUUAUUCAUGUCGGGUUUAAGAGCCUUCCCAGUAGUGUAAAUGCAAUUGCCAACAUUUCUGCCACCUUGUCACCACCAUUAGUUCUUCUUACUCUGACGUCUCUCAGGAAUAACAGCCAAAGAAAAGGCCUUAAGGCCAAUAAAAUGGAAAUAGGUAUCCAAAAUGCUACCUUGAAAUUGGGGUGAAUGCAUACUCAGCCCUGAGUCAGUGAAGUACUUAAGCUCAUGAUUGUUUUGCUUAAUAUCAGUUGCACUUCUACAGUUAAGGACGUAUUUCAGUGAUUUGCUUAAUUGGAGCUAUUCUGUUGGAGAAAAGAAAAAGCCUCACAACAGACAAUUCAUUGAAAAAAAGAGAGAAAGAUAUUAAAACUGAAAAAACAAAAGUGCGUGUCUUCCCAUCUGCUUUUAUCCAGGAGUAGAAGGGGAACAGACUUCACGUAAGAUCAGCGAGACUCUGCAGAGCCCAAGGAGUCUCUCCUGACAAUUUCCAGAGUUAGAGGGACCAAGCCAAAACACGACGAUCGUGGUUUGGUUUCAGCAAGUCCCUGGCUGAGGCGGUGGGAAAGAGGGGGCUAUGAAGGGUGUUCCCGCACUUCCCUGCAUUGUUCAGCUCCCACAGAGACCUGCCCCUCCAAGGAUGCUCACAGUGCUGGGGGGCAGCCAGACGUGCUCGCUGGAAAGCGGCGGAGUGGCCAGCAACAUGGCCAAUGUGGGCGAGACAAACUCAGAACAAGAAAGAGAAGUGACAUGCGAAAUCAUGGUUUACACCUUUUCAGACCCACUACUUACAAACUGGGGGACACCUGGGAGCUGCUGCAACAGCUCCCUGGUGACCACAGCCACAUAAGUGCCUUUGUCCUCUGGUCACCACCUGGAGGGGGAGAGAUCCGUGUUCACCCCUCAUUUCUCCCCUGGAUGAAAUGGGAAAUUAUGUGAAAGCAGGAAGAUUUUCUAAGUGGGAGAGGCUCACAGGAGCUUACAAAACAAAGACACCUUCUCAGAUACCCACUAGGAGAGAAUUGCUGCUGAGAGUAAUAUCUGCACCUGCCUUCCCAUCAGUUAAGUGUCUUGUCUUCUGGAUGCAGACACCUUCAUUUCUAGGGAUGCAUGCUUGAAACUUGCCCAGCUGUCCUGUCCUCACUGAGACAGAUUUAAUUUAACCUGUAAUUUAUUAGUUGCUGUCAUUUCUUUUUGUCUGUGGAACUGUAAAAGCUGCACUGUGGCUAAGUAGGGAAGAGUUGAUUUUAUCACUCUGUCUUCUGUAUUUCCGAAUGGAGACUGCUGUGUCAAACAGCAGCAGGAGCAGCUUUCUGCUGAUGGGAAGUUUAAGUGCCAUUAAAAAAAGUCCUUGUUCUUUUCAAAUAGCAUCUCACAGUCUCUCUGAUCUUGUUAUUGUCCUAACUGGCCUCACAACUAUUAUGGGAAACCUGCAAAUUAUAUUGUAUCCUUAAUAAACCCCAGAAUUGUAGUG